AUGCAGCACUCGCACACGCCACAGGGCAAGGCUCGACGGACCCCAUCCCGCGCUGCUGCUCGGGACGCACCGCCACCUCGCACCUUCUUCGCCUCGGUCAUCAACCGCGAGCUUGCUCCGCGCCGCAUCUCGGUGGCGGCGCUGCUGCCAGAGCUCUCGUGCGACGAGGACGCAGACGUGUACACGUUCGGCGGCGGGCCGACGCAGGCGGGGCUGCCGUUCUGCCCACGCUACUGCCCCUGGCCCGCCUGCCCGACCACGCUCGGCGUCGCCGACGAGGAUGGCUGCAUGACCCUCGUCGACGCGGCGCAGCCAGCAGAGGCGCCCGACCAGCGGCGCUGGCGCUGGCGGGCGCACCGGAACGCGGUCUUUGACUUUGCGUGGUCGCCGGCGGAGGGCCGCCUCCUCACCGCCUCGGGCGACCAGACCUGCGCCCUUUGGGACAUCUCCCGCUGCGGCAGCAGCAGAGACGCCAACGAGGGUCGCCUCCUCCUCUGCAGGGGCCACCGCGGCUCCGUCAAGUCGGUCGCGGCGCGGCCCGCCGACCCGCACGUUUUCGCCUCGGGCUCGCGCGACGGCUGCAUCCUCGUGUACGACGUGCGGCAGGGCGGCGAGCCGGUGAUGGCGCUGCGGGGCGUGCACGAGCCCUCGCCCCCGUCCGCCGCCAAGCGCAAGCGCGGAGGGCUGCCCAACGUCGGCCACCACGGGGUGACGGCGGUGCUCUACCUGCUUGACGAGCGGAACGUGCUCGCGACGGCGGGCGGCACCGACGGCGCGAUCAAGCUCUGGGACGCCAGGCUCGGCGGGGCGGGCCGCGGCGAGCGCGGGCGGAGGGCGGCGCAGCCACUCUCCGUGCUGGCGCCGGACAGCGGGAGGGAGAGGCCGCACGGGAUCAUCUCCCUCUCGACGGACGCCUCGGGCGGCCGCCUCGCAGGGCGCGCCCGCGCGGUCGUGCGGCGGAGCACGGACCACACGCUGUACCUGUACGAGACGGUCCGGCCGGAGGUUGGCGAGGUGGGGAGGUACAGGGGGCACCGGGCGGGCACGUUCUACGUCAAGUCCUCCCUGUCGGCGGAUGGCCGGCAGGCCAUCUCCGGCUCUUCGGACGGUGCGGUGUACGUGUGGCAGCUCGACGCGCCCGCCGCGCCCCCGCUCCUGCUGCGCGGCCACUCUGCCGAGGCGACGGGCGUCGACUGGAGCGCAGCGCGCCCCUCGCAGGUCGGCUCGCGCUCGGAGCCGUGCGCCUCCGACCCGACCCAGCUCGCCUCCUGCUCCGACGACGGCACCGUCCGCGUCUGGCGCGUGGCGCGCGGCGCAGCGCGCAACGCGCCGUCGCUGGGCGCGAACUUGCGCGCGCCGGGGCGAGGCGACACAGAGGCGGCCGGCGGCGGGGAGGGCGACCCUCCUCCCGCGGCGAGCGCGAUGCCCACGCAACACGCGCCGCCCUCCGCGUUGGGCGCCGCCGCCGCCGGAAGCAGCGCCGGCGCCGGCACCGCGCCGUCGGUCGAGAGCGGGCCAGCGGCGGAGGCGGGCCCGAGCGCCGCGUCCGCGCCGCCACGCACGCCGAUGGCGCAGCGCUCUGCGCCGAGGGCCCCGGCCAGCUCGAGCCAGUCGAGCUUGCGAGACUACUUUUGUCCGCGGGGAUCGGCGUGA